AUGGCAUCAAAGGGAACAACCUUCAAAGCUGGUGUCCGGUUUCUCUCCUUUGAUACUGUCAGAAACCUGCUCUCCGACCACCAUGGCCAACUGUCGCCGAUGCGAGGUGUACUAGCCGGAAUGUUGGCCGGUUGUGUCGAGUCCAUAGUGGCGGUGGCCCCAACCGAGCGCGUGAAGACAGCAAUUAUUGACGAUGCCAAAGGUAGAGCGUUAUUCAAGGGCGGAUUGCAUGCUUUCAGGACGAUCAUUCACGAGCAAGGUCUGGUCGGGCUCUACCAAGGGCUUCUUCCAACCGUGCUGAAGCAGUCUGCGACAUCAGCAGUACGCAUGGGCUCAUAUAACGUGUUAAGAGAGUAUGCCCACCGAUACAAUCUGCCAAAUAACAGCUUGACCACUUUCUCCACAGGUGCAAUAGCUGGCAUCAUCACCGUGUACGCUACUCAACCUCUAGAUACAAUCAAGACCAGGUCACAAGGGACUACCAGGGUUGGCACUGUCACUGCAAUCCGUGAUGUAUUUUGCACUUUAGGGUUGCGUGGCUUCUGGCGGGGGAGUACCAUGAGACUGGGAAGGCUCUUUUUCAGUGGUGGCAUCGUGUUCACGGUGUAUGAGAACGUCGUUGCGUUGCUGGCACCAUCGGCGCGGUGA